UUCAUCACUAUUUAGUUUCAUUUUCGCUGAGGCGCUGUUCCGUGUGUGUGGAUGAUCGCUGCGCUUCUCGACCUCUCACAAUGGCCGAAAACAUGUCUCUGUUGAGUCUCGAGGACGAUUUGACAUGCAGCAUCUGUUUAUGUCUGUUCAAAAACCCAGUUAGUUUACUCUGUGGACACAGUUUUUGCGCCAGCUGUCUCGAGGCGUCAUGGAACGACACAACAUCCUCUCUGUUCUGCCCUAACUGCCGUAUGCGUUUUAACAGCAAACCUGAUCUCAAGAAGAACACCGUCCUCAGCGCUGUGGUGGAGGCAUACCGAGUAAAGGCGGGUGUCUCCGAACCCGUCAAUGAUCCUAUUGAGGUGAAAAAUAAAGAUGAAGAGCAAAUCAAAUGUGACAAUUGCAUGGAGGCCAAAGCGGUGAAUACUUGUCUGACGUGUAUGGCGUCUUACUGUGAGGAUCAUGUGAGGCCUCACCUGGAGAAUGCCAUAUUCCGGGCGCAUCAGCUCUCGGAACCGCUUCCUGAUCUGAUGGAUCGUCUCUGUCCCGAUCACGGCAAGUUGAUGGAGUUAUACUGCUCUCAUCACCAGUGCUGCAUCUGUAGCACCUGUCUGCAGAACGUACAUAAGGGCUGUAAGUUUACCAACGCAGAUGAUCAGCGCAUCAAACACAAGACUGACCUGAUUGACAAGCUCAACACUCUUGAUGCCAAAACUGACAAGAAUCAGCAGGUCAUCACGCAGAUGAAGGAGCAACAAAGCAAAUUAAAGGAGUAUGCAGCAACCCGCAAACGUAUUCUUGAGGCAGAAUACAGACAUAUCCGAGAAAUGUUUGAAAGAGAUGAGAAAGAGGCCAUUCUUGCCCUCAAUAAGGAACAGGAGAAAGGUCAGAGCAAACUGGCCUCCCUGAUAAAGAAAUGUAAUGAAAAUGUUGAGAAGAUGAAUAGAACCAAAUCUGAGAUCAACAGCCUGCUGGAUCAGUCACAGUCACUCUCCUUCAUAAAGACCUCUGUUGAUUUGCCCUCAGUGGUAAAUUUUGAGCCCUAUGUCCCUCGCAUAAAUGUGGACUCCAAAGAGGUGAUAGCUUACCACUCCUCUACAGUUGCCCUGAAGGCAUGGAUCACCAAAUUUCUGGAUCAACCAGCAGAGAACAGAAUCCCGAUACUUAAACCAGAGUUUGAGAAAGCUGUUCUUGACUCCGAUGGUGUGAACUACUCUGCUAAUAGUCCAGGAAACCUGUUCCCAGGAACCAGUGAAAAUCCUGUAACCCUGUCAAAUCCAAGAGGAAUGUUCUCUGUUCCACCCAUUCAUUUGAGGUCUCCUAGUCCUGGAGCCCCUUUAAGAACCAGAGAUUCAGGAGCUAAAAAGAAGAAUCCGCCCCAAAAGAGUCAUUCUAAAGAGCAGAGAGAUCACAAAGAGCGUAAAGACCAGAGGGCAAACCGACCCUGGAACCACCCUACAGGAACAAGUCCUUUCUCCAAAAGCAUGGAAAACUUGCUAGAUCUCAGACCUAAAACUGUAGAGAUACGUGAAAUAAAUCAUUGUGCUGUUUCAUCAGCUCUGGAUAACUUUGUUAAAAGAAGUGACCUUCUUAAAUAUGGCACUAUCCUCAAUUUUGAUGUCAGAACAGCCCAUAAGCGGAUCUUCCUCUCUGAAAAUGACACCAAAGCGACAAUUUCAGACGAGCCAGCUAACUAUCCCGACAUUCCUACUCGCUUUUCUGUUUGUUCCCAGGUGCUCUGCACCAAGGGUUUCUCUCAGGGUCGGCAUUACUGGGAGAUCAAAAUGAGCAGCAACAACUUCUGUGGAUUGGGGCUUGCGUACGGCAGAAUCGACCGGAAGGGUCCAUCCAGCCGUUUGGGGCGUAAUGCAGAAUCCUGGUGUGUGGAGUGGUUUAAUGUGAAGCUUUCUGCAUGGCACAACAGCAUUGAGACGGUGUUGGCGAGUACCAACUCUAGCCGCGUGGGCAUCCUGCUGGAUUGCGACGCAGGAAGCGCAACGCUCUAUAACGUGCAGGACCGGGCCUAUCCCUUCCACACUUUCGUGUUCCCUUUCUCUGAGCCCGUGUAUCCAGCUUUCUGGAUUUUCUCAAAUGGCUCUUCUGUUUCUCUGUGCAAGCUCAGUAUCUAAAGCUGUAUGAGGUGAACUCAUAUUGGCUUAGAUUAAUUCAUGUUGAUUAUUUCGUUUUUAAUUACCUAGGUGUGUUAUGUUAAAAUAUGGUCAUUUGGAAAUAUGGUAUAUUUCAAAGGACCAUGGUGGUAAAAUGAGUUAAGUUUAAUGCAAAUUCCAGUCUGCUGUGAUGAUACAUAAUGCAUGCAGCAGACUUUCAGAAAUAACUUCUCUUUCUUUUAAUCCUGACCAAAAAUGUAGAUGAUAGAUAUGGAUAUAUUAUAUAGAUUAACAAGGAGUAAAUUCAAUAUGCAUGUACAUGUUAUGAAUACAUCAUUUUUGUUUGAGUCUCUGUUAGUUUGCAGGUCUUGUAGUUGUUUAACGCAUUUAACUUUAUCACAUAAACAAAUAGUGAUGUGUUGGUUUUAUUACAGUACGUGGGCAAAGUCCUUUGCCACUGUGCUCCAGAUAGACCUUAAGUUAGUUGGCAUGGAUUCUGACUGAAGUAUCUUUAUUUGCUUCAGUUGGAACACUUUCAUUGUCUAUUUGAAAAGACAUGUUUUUAAGCAUGAGCAAUUCUGCCAAACGAUCAGGCACUUAGUCAGUGUUGGGAAGAAAUGGAGUACAUGUAAUCUGGAUUAUGUAAUCCGAUUACAAACAAUAAUUUAUUCGAUUACAUUGCAUUUUUAACCGUAUGUAGGCAGAUAACAGGUACUUUUUAGGUAUGGAUUACUUGAUUACAUAUGGAUUACAUUAUCUGUCAAUCUUGAUUUUAAAAGCAAAUUGUGGUUUGAUUGCAUGUUUGCCAAUGUUUUAUGAAAAGAGUGCAAAUUGGUACUCCAUAUACAUAAAAUUAUAUUUUUGUCAAAACAUGGAAUAAGUAGUCCAAUAGUAAUCAGAUUAUAUUACCUAAAAGUAAUCUAAAAGGAUUGCAUUACUGAGUACAAUAUUAGUUAUGUAAUUUGUAAUAAAUACCGGAUUACAUUUCUAAAGUAGUCUACUCAACACUUCACUACAGUGAGCUCAAAAUAGAUAGUUCAGUAUGAAAGAUUAAAACUGCCUGUAGAUCUAACUGCUAGCAUGUCUUUCUGACAGGGCAACAUAGAAGUCAAAGGCCUAUUGAGAAAGAUCACCUUAAAUAUAGUUGAGAAUUCAGCUAUAUAACAGCUGGUCUCCAUACAGGAACUCAAGCUUACAUGCUUUCUGUGCACUUGAAGUUCCUUUGUAAUUUUGUUGUUUUAGGAUCAUUGUGAAUGGCAUAAAAUAAAAGCCUACUACACAGUAGCCUAUUCACAAAAUGUAUAUAUAUAUCUGCUAUUUUCAGAUGAGAUUGUUUUAAAAAUCCACAGUAACAAGAGUUCUGUUGCUUUGGAGGAAAGAAAUCUUAAAUAAUUAAUAUAUUUGAGAUUUCCAAAACAGCUAAUGAAGUUCUGUUUGCUUGUAUUGCAUAUUACAGUUGUGAUUGAUUUUGCAUUAAGCUGUAUAUUUAAAUAGGAUAUGAUGAAAAAACAACAACUAUAUGAAAAUAUUUAUUGGAAUUGUUUUUCAAAGUGAGAACAUAUACAUAUAGUUAAAUAAGAACGAUACAGACUGUAAGGGAAAGAUUUGAACCAAUGUCUCAUACCAGAAUAAAAUAUCCUCAUAUAAGAAUAUCUAGUUAUUUUCUUUCUCAAAUUCUCAGCUGUAUUCAUCAUACUUAUGAUACGCAUUGUGUGGCUUGAUCUUUAAAAUGGAAUGUCUUAAUCUUGGUUCUGAAAUGGUAAUUAUUAAAUUGUGCAGCUCACAUUGUUGUUAGUCGUAUUGUAAAAUGAAAUGUUCAAAUAAAAAAUAAAAAUGGCCAAAGAA